AUGGAUUCUUUACGAGAUAAAAUAUUAUCUUCUUUGAAUAAUAGUUAUUUUCAUGAUAAAAUAGAUCAUACAUAUAGCAUUAAAAUUAAAGUACUCAACCUCGACGAUGAUAAAGAACGCAAAGAUUUACUCAGUAAAAUACAAGACUCCAUCGCAGAGGCAAAAAGGAAACAAUUUUUAAUUUUUCUUCUCAAAUUCAAGCAAACUCAUUGGAUGACAACGGUGAUAAAGCAAGAUUCAAAUAGUCUAAAAACAAGAGCACACUUUUUGAAUUCCCAUCUAGACUCCAGCAAUUUACAACCAAAUGCAUCUUGCGAUUGUGAAGCAUGGAUAAUAGACUUCAUUCAAGCUAUGCUGACUACACCUGUAUUUGGACGAGAUAAUUACAAAGACAGUAUAGAUAAAUUAAUAAAAAUCAGCAUGAUGAAUAAAAAAGAUGACAUCAUGAACGCAAAAAUUAGGGAAAAGCUUUCCUUUCAUUUCCUAAAUCAUUAUCGGCUAACAAUUUCAAUUUUUUUUUCCAGCUACGAAGAAUUAUACACGUAUGCAAUCUUAUCAAUUAGUGACCUUGAAAACACUUCGUUGCUGAAGGAAGAAAUAGAAUAUCAUAAAUUACGAAUAAAAACUUCAAAUCUUAUCAAACAUUUUCUUAUUGUGCCUAUACGUACUAAUGCUGGAGAUAGUAUUUCAAUGGUGAUAUUUAAAAAUGGCCCGCAGGAACCUAUCUAUGCUUAUGCAACUCAUUCGCGCAGAGGAAGUCAAAAUCUUGAUGAGGAUAUCAGGAAGAAAGAUUUCGAUUGUCUCCAAAGUAUCCUUCGAGAGUUUUUUCAUUCAUGUGAUCUGGUUAAAUUAUCAGUAAAUAUGGAAGGUUGGCAAAUUAAUCACACAUGGACUUCAGCAUCAGUAACAGCUAUUGUGGAAGCAGUAAUUAUUGUAACUGACUGUACAAAGUUCAUAGAUAAACCACAGAAAUCACAAAUGCUACUUGCUUAUAUGAAAAUGGAGAUGGAACAAUGUAUCAAAGCCAUUGAUACAAAUCUUAACACCAAUAGCAAGAGGAAACUAGAGCCAGCUCCAGAAGGAAUUAAUGACGAAGAAUGCAUUGAAGCUGAAGAUAGAACAAGUGAAAAUGAAAUGGACCACGGGCUAGACUGUGAUAACAUUGGAUAUUUACUAUAUACAAAAUGCGACAUCAAUGAUCAAUUAGAUGAUGUCUUACCAGUAAUGGAUGUUGACGUUAAGGAAAAUUCCGAAUCUGCAGAUACGAAUGGUUACGUUGAUGAUGAAAUGAGACGUUUUCUAUCCGAAGAUGAUGCUAACUCUUGGGCGAGUUCAAAUGUUUCCAUUGAAAAUCACUCUGACUAUUUGAGAAGGUUUCUAGACCUAUCAAUGAAGUAUGAUAGUCGCUUUAUCAUUCUACCCAUCAGAUUUGAAACGACCCAUUGGGCUAUAUUACUGAUUAAAAAUACACAUGAGGAAGAGCAUUCAGAGAAUCUUGAGGCAUACUUUUUUGAUCCAAUUGGUCCUGAUAAAAUCAGAUUUGAAGCUGUCAAAUCUAAUUUUAAGUUAAAGAGGGUCUAUAAUCUUUCGAUAAAGCUAUCACAGGAAAAAAAUGAGAAUCUUGGUACAUGGGUAGCAGUAGCAAUAAAA